AUGACCUUGUCUGCGGAAUUAGCAGAGCUAUGUAGAAUAAAGAAGCGUUUGCAACAGAAGAAUACCGAGAUUAGAGAUGCACAGCGCAAAUCGGCUGAACUGACUGAAAAUAUUGAAGAGGCCACAACCACUUUAGAAUCGGCCAGCACAGAAACCUUAAACCGCAGCCUUAAACACUUGGAGUCUCUUUUUAAAUCUGAGGUUGAUCGGAUGUCGCCCUUCAAUGAUUUAGUUUCCAACUUACGGGGUGAGAUUACGGAAUUAACCGAACAUUGCGAAGAGAACCUUGAUAGUGCUAUGCAUCCCAUUGACGUAAUCACCACAACCACCAAAAAACUUCACCUCUUAAGUGAAGUUUCCGAGUCCUCAGUACAAGACGAGACGCCGGAUGGCGAAUCCUCUUACCGUCAAGUGUUUGUUGGCGGCCUCAGACCACACAUGAACCGUAAAGUUUUGACCUCCUACUUCUGCCGUUUCGGUGCAGUUAAGUUCGUCAAUGUAGUAACCCCUAGGGGUUUCGCAUACGUUACCUUCGCGGAUGCAGCUUCGGCAGCCAAGGCAACUUCCGAGCGAGUGCAUUUCAUCGCCGGAGGUCGCGUUGAGGUUCAAAAGUUUCUUCCAAAAAAUUUGCGAAAUGCCAAAAAAGCUUCCCCACCCGCACCUGAACCUCCUACGCCAAUCCCCACCCCUCAGCCUCAGCCGGUACCACCGAGAAGCCGCAAAGUGUUUGUUGGUGGCCUCCAUCAUGACACGACGUCGGAAGAAUUAAGAGCUGCACUUUCAGAACUAGGCCCCGUCGAGGAUGCGCGUGUUGUUCCCGGCAGAGGAUAUGGACUGGCCGUAUUUGAGAACCUCGAAACUUUUGAAUUGGCAGUUAGUAAUAGGUGGCAUUUGGUUGGUACAAAGAGGGUUGAAUUGGUCCCAUUUGUCUCUGGCAAGACAAUUCCAAACGAACUGAAUCGGGCUGCAUCGUUGCGAACUGCUAAAAAAGCCCCACCACCCGCAGCUGAACCUCCUACGCCAAUCCCCACCCCUCAGCCUCAGCCGGUACCACCGAGAAGCCGCAAAGUGUUUGUUGGUGGCCUCCAUCAUGACACGACGUCGGAAGAAUUAAGAGCUGCACUUUCAGAACUAGGCCCCGUCGAGGAUGCGCGUGUUGUUCCCGGCAGAGGAUAUGGACUGGCCGUAUUUGAGAAACUUGAAACAUUUCAAUUGGCAGUUAGUAAGAGGGAGUCACUAAGUAGCUCCAGCAGCUACAUCCCGAGUGUUGAAGCAUGCGGGCGCAAACUGUACGUUGAGGGUUUCGGCAAGGGUACCUCCGACGUCGCCCUGCGGAUGUACUUCGCACAGUUCGGGGCGAUAUUGUUGUGCCAGGUGUCGGGAGACCGAGGCUCCCUCGUCUUCGAGAGCCCACAUAGCCUGGUCCGGGCUGUUAAAACCCAACCACACUAUCUAGAUGGUCAUAAACUUACACUUAUAGUGCCAUCUGGAUCUCCUAAAUCGAAUUUACCUAAAGAAAAUACAGGCUCACGGGGAUUAAUUAACACCCCGAGUGUGCUUCCACGUAAACUUUUGUUAUAUGGUAUCCCUGCAGGGACGACCUACAGCGUACUUCAAGCGUACUUUACCAAAUUCGGUCCGGUAGAGUUUGCAAUGGUAAAUAAGGAAACAGGAACAGAGGGUUUUGUGGUGUUUCGAAAUCUUGCGUCGGUAGAUGCUGCCAUGUCUGCUCAACCGCAUUAUAUUAGCAAUAAAGCAGUCUACCUACGCAAAGCCGAGAACCCACUGCUGCCCUUCGAUGUAGGUGGCAAUAUUCCAAAAAAUGUUAGCUUCGAAUCAAUCUUGUGA